AUGUACAAGUUAUUUGUAACAAAUGAACAUCUUAUACUUAAGAAGGAGACACUACAUGACAGUGCAUUGGCCAUAAGCAGGACUGACUCAUCAUCGAUGACCAUCAUGUCCAAGGCCGAUGUGUUAAAGUCAAAGUUUGUAGAACCUCCUCGUGCCUUUCACUGCUGUCUAGGUCUAUUCACCGUCAACCGAGAACCAUACUUGGUAGUUGUUGAGGAUGCAUCGAUUAUUGGAUCAGUAUUCCUACCUGGUUCGACAGAGCAGAAUGUUAUAAUGAAGAUCAAUAAGACAGACUUUGUAAGCUUUAGAUCGGGCAAGGGAGUUCAUCCAAUCGAGUUGCAGGAGGAACGACCUUACACGCACGUGAUGAACCUGCUCAACACGGGCGACUUCUACUGGGUCAAGUGGCCGCAAAACCACUUCUACGACAUCACGCGAUCCUUCCAGGACCAGGUGUGCGACCCGCGCUCCGACAUCCCCUUCUGGGAACGCAUGGACAAGCGAUUCUACUGGAACAAGUUCCUGCAGAAGGACUUUAUCGCGUACAGGCUGAUGGACUGGUGCUUCCCCAUCAUCCAGGGCUACGUCACCUCGACGCCACUCGGCGACAUUGGCGGACGAUCAGUCGACUACAUCAUGGUGUCGCGUCGCUCACGUUUCCGCGCGGGCACGCGCUUCAACACGCGAGGCAUCGACGACGAUGGCAACGUGGCCAACUUUGUCGAGACGGAGCAGAUCAUCAACGUCAAGAACUUUGGUACGCUCUCCUUCCUGCAGCUACGCGGCAGUGUGCCCGUCUUUUGGAACCAGUCAUCGCCACAGUUCUCAGACUUUAAGAUCAACAUGUCCAAUCUCUCCAAGAUUGGCAAGAUCAGCAAGAAGAAGAUCUCUGUGCUCAGGACGACGCAGGCAACCACGCCCGCCUUCCAAGCACACAUCAAGGAGAUGCUGUCCAAAUAUGGCAACAUAGUGAUCAUUAACCUGCUCAGCAAGCUGAAGCAGGGCGAGGCCGACCUCGUCAAGGCGUACGAGGAGCAGCUCGACAUCCUGAACGCAGACACCGUGACCUACAUUGCCUACGACCUCAACGAGCAGCUCAAGGGCAAUCGCAUGGAUUCGCUCGAUCGUGUGAUCGACGACAUUAACCGAAGUGGCAACGUGGGCUACUUCUUUGUGACGAACCAGCGAGUGGUCACCAGCCGACAGAACGGCACAGUGCGCACCAACUGCAAGGACUGUCUGGACAGGACCAACAUCGUGCAGGCACGAGUCGCCUGGAAGUUGUUGGAGCAUCAUCUCUGGAGCCUCAAGGCAAUGGACCAGCAUCACAGUCUCUCAAACUAUACAUACAUUGCACAGCACCUCAAGACGAUCUGGGCAGACAAUGGUGAUGCGUUGUCAAUGCAGUACGCCGGCAGUGGCAGUCUCAAGUCAACACUGACGCGAGAGGGUGACUACGGCUUCAAGGGUAUGCUGGCCGAUGGCAAAAAGACCGCGCUCAGGUUCUACGUCAACAACUUUAAGGACACAGGUCGCCAGGAGGUGCUGGACCAGUUCCUUGGACUCAACGUCCAAAAGACAGGCACAGAGUCGUCGCACGACGAUCGCAUCAGAAGGCAAGUGCAGGAGCGCAAGGAUGAGUACUCCCAAAAGGAGUACAGGAACGUAUUCAUUGGCACGUACAAUGUCGGUGGUGUGCCCUCUGGCCAGUUCGUCCUCGACGACUGGCUGACACCGCCAUCGCCCUACCAGUCGCCCGACAUCUACAUCCUUGGUAUCCAAGAGGUGGUCGAACUCACAGCCCAACAGAUCAUCGCCACGGACUCACAGAUCAAACAAUGGGAGGACACAAUCAUGCGCAGUCUCGAGAAGAUCAAUCCCAAAGUUCGCUACGUUCAGUUGCAAUCCAAUCAGCUGGUGGGUCUGCUCAUGUGCAUCUAUGUGCGCGAAGAGCAAGUGCACCUGUACCGUGAGGUGCAGGCCAAGAUCAUCAAGGUCGGACUGCAAGGCCUGGCUGGCAACAAGGGAGGCAUCGGUGUGCGCCUAAUGUACUGCGAUACUUCGUUCACCUUUGUCACUGCGCACUUUGCCGCCGGUCAUGGCAACGUGGAGGACCGUGUGUCGGACUACCACGACAUUAACAACCAGGCACGAUUCGGCAGCAAGAGCCAGCACACGAUCGAGGACAGCGACUACUCGUUCUGGUUCGGCGACUUCAACUUUAGGAUCAAUCUGCCCGACGACGAGAUCAAACGAAUGGUGCGCUCAGACAACCUGACAUCUCUCUACGAUCACGACCAGCUCAAGCAGUGCCUCGAGGCCAAGUCCGUCUUUGUCGGAUAUCGCGAGGAGCAGAUCACAUUCGCCCCGACCUACAAGUACGACUUCAACUCGACUGUCUAUGACACCAGUCCCAAGCAACGAGCUCCCGCCUGGACCGACCGUGUGCUUUGGCGCAAUAAGCCCAACCACGACAUCCGUCCACUUCACUACAGCCGCAAGGAGUUGUUGACGUCGGACCAUCGCCCAGUUCGCAUCUAUUUCCAGCUGCAGGUUACCAAGGUGGACAAGGAGAAGGAGCGACAGUUGAGACAUCAGCUCUAUUCCGACUCAAUGAACAAAGACGGCGCCAAUCUCUCCAAGUCGGUGGUACCCGCGCAGCCCCAACCAAAGACUCUACAGCCACCCAUGAUUCAAACGCAGUCUGCGCCAACAAUCACCGCCUCUUCGUCCGGUGGUUCAAACACGCGGCCCUUGAGUGGUGGCGCUCGGCCACUGCCAUCAGUGCCCUCACAGCAGCAACAGCAGCAACAGCAGAUCAUGCAAGAGGUUGUGACAACCAGGCGAAUGACUGGUGGCGAUUCGUUGCCACAUCCAUUGACCCCAACCAAGCCCAUGACGGCGGGACAACUGUUGGAUCAGCCUGUGAUCCUGGAGAAGCGAUACCCAUCACCCAUUGACGCACCUCUCGAGCCCUCUCGCUCUGGCUCGGCCUCCCCAUUCCAACCAAUCCAGCCCAAUCUAAGCAACAAUGUAACGCCAUCCACACGCUCACCAAUGGGCAGUGGCAACCAACAACAGUUGGCACAGGCAAUACAAAGGCAGCAACAGCAGCAGCAACAACAGCAACAGCAACAGCAACAGCAACAGGCAAUGUCCGAUGAUAUGUUUGCCCAGAUACAGCUGUUCCACGAUGCUCCAACACAUGCCAUCCAGCCAUAUCAACCAAUCACAGUGACACAACCACAACCAACAUAUGAUACGCCUCCUCCGCUUGCCUAUCCACAGGAAUUGGUACCAUUCCCACAAUCACAACAACAGCAGCAACAACAACAAAUGUAUCAGCAGCAACAACAACAGCAGCAGCAACAGCCACCACCACAGAUGUACCAUUCACAACCAACAAUGUAUCAACCACCCAUGGAGCUACUGCAACCAAUACCCAACGCAACGACUUUUAUACCACCAAUCAAUCCAGCUUACUACAAUGCCCAGCCAGUGUCCUCAUCAUAUCCACCACCAAUCGACCCAAUCAAUCUUAAUCCAAACGCUGCUCACAACAUGCAUUUGAUCAAUGGUAUGCAGCAAAUGCAGAUACAGCCACAGUCCUACACGCUCCCUCCACCCACAACGUCUGGCUCUGGCCGGAUGAUAACCAACAAUCUAUAUCAACAACAACAACAGCAGCAGCAACAACAACAAUACCAACAACAGCAACAGUACCAACAACAACAACAAUAUCAGCAACAACAACAACAAUACCAGCAACAGUACCAGGGUGGCGGAGGUAAUUCCUUGAUCUAA